UAACUGAAGAUAAGAAUCUUUUUUUCAGAAAAAAAAAAAGAAAAAGAAAAGAAUCUUUUCAAUAUUUUCUAAUUUUGAGUUUAGAUUCUAAUAUUCUAUUUUCAAUUUUUAGCUAAUUUCCAAGAUACGGCACUUUAAGGAAGCUCCCCACAUCAAUCGACAAACACAGUGAUAAAUAAUAAUGACUCCAAUGCACCAAAAACUCCCAAUUGCUUAAUAUCUUCCUAAAAUUUUGAAAAAAGAUUGAAGGAAAAGGACAAACAAAAUUCUCAGAAUGUCAGUCAGUGGUGGGAAAUGAGAAAAAAAAGAUAUCAUCUUUUAUUGCUUUCAGUUUUUGUGAACUGCUAUAGGUGAAAGGGAGGUGGCUUUUCAAGGUUUCAAUUAGCGGUGGCAGUGAAGGAAGAAGAAAAAAAACAGAAGGGGUUUGCCCUUUUUCUCUUUUGGUUUCCCAUUCAUCGAAGCACCGCCAAAACUUCUAUAGCACUAUGACUAUGAUUAAUCAUAGUGAGGAUGAUGAAUCAUUGACAAAACCCCUCGGAAGGUGUUCAGUCUUUUAUUACGGCAUUGGGCACAUGCUCAACGACAUAACUUCAGCCUGUUGGUUCACUUAUCUCUUAGUCUUUCUAACGGAUAUUGGAUUAUCCCCCAGUGAUGCUGCAGUUGUAAUGCUCUCAGGUCAAGUUGCAGAUGGAUUGACUACUAUAUUUGCUGGGGAACUGAUAGACAGAUUCGGGCAUUUUAAAGUAUGGCAUAUUGCAGGAUCUCUCCUGGUUGCUGUCUCAUUUUCUUCGGUAUUUGGCGGUUGCUUGCCUUGCAAACUUAUCGGUUCUGAUUCGGCCAUGCUGCAAACUAUUGGUUACAGUGUGUUCGCUGCAAUCUUCAAUGUGGGAUGGGCUGCUACUCAAGUAUCACACAUGUCAAUGGUGAACUGCAUUACACUGAACUCGACAACCAGAGUAGUUUUAGCUAGUUGCCGCAAUGCUUUUACAAUGGUUGCAAACCUUAGCUUAUACGCAGUUGCUUUUGUUGUGUUCAAUAUCGUCGGAGCAGGGACACCUGCUGCUGUUGAAAAUCAGUAUCGUUGGAUUGCAUAUAUAUCAAUUUUCAUUGGAAGCUGCUUCGUUGUUAUGUUUGCUAUCGGAACCAGAGAGCCAAGGUUGAAAUUAGAAGCUCAUGUUAAAGGUUAUGUUAGAAUUUCUUGGAUGUAUUGGUUUAAGAAAAUUUUAUAUCACCAAGUUGCUCUUGUUUACGUGCUUACCAGACUUGUGACUAAUGUCUCCCAGGCAUUUCUUGCUUUCUAUGUGAUCAAUGACCUGCAGAUGAGUCUAUCGUCAAAAGCUUUGGUCCCUGCAAUCAUCUUUGUCUGCAGCUUCGUUGUAUCCAUCCUGCUACAGGAGAUUAAGUGGACAAGCCAGCGAUUGAAGGGCUUUUAUACUGCAGGAGGUCUCCUUUGGGUACUCUGUGGCAUAGGAAUACUCCUCCUUCCAAGAAACAUGAACGCAUAUAUGUAUAUCUUGUCGAUAUUCAUUGGCAUAGCAAAUGCCUUGAUAAUGGUAACUGGAGUGGGCAUGCAAAGUGUCUUGGUUGGCCGAGAUCUCAAUGGCUGUGCCUUUGUGUAUGGAUCAUUGAGCUUUAUGGAUAAAAUGAUAUGUGGGGUGGCUUUGUUCAUUCUUGAGUCGUAUCAGAGAUCCACUCCGGAACUGCACAACUGCAAUCCGAGUUACCAUUUCUUCUCCCUCAAUCGGUAUGCACUAGGUCUCGUUCCAGCAGUUUGUGCACUCCUUGGUGUAAUAGUCACCUGCAGUAUGAACCUCCAGACACCCAUAUUGGUGCCACUGGAAGAACCUCUACUGGGUUAACACCUAAAUACUGAUGAUCUUAUAAUCAAGUCAUGUUAAAGAAAGGGAUUCAAGCCUUGCUGAUAGAUGAUUUUUUUUCAGCAGACACCAGUUAGUUCAAAGAUUAGACAGAACAUUUAUAACUUCUUUCUGGGCAAUUUCAACCAACUUAGGGAUUAUGUGUACAUGUUCUGAUCUGUAUAUGUAUAAUGAUAUGAAGAACUAUAGUCUGGAAAUUAAAUUGUCAAAAAAUGUACAGAGCUAGAAAGAUGUUCUUGCUGUAGAACUCUUGUAACAUGAUGGUAUUUGUUUUCUUAUUCUGGCUUAAUAUUAUCUGUGCACUUUCUUUUA